CCAGAAAUCUCCCUUCUCUAGCUUUGAUUGCCUUGGGUUUAUGUUAAUUGCUCUUAUUCCUUGAAUUUUGGGUUAAAGCCGUGAGCUUUCUUCUUCCAUGCCGCCAGCAACUUCCCCAACCUGCAGUCCGGUUUCUUUGCUUGCAAAUUCUGGUUCCUGAUUGUUCUGUCAGUUAGCACUGAGAUUGAGUGCUCGGCUUGAUGCGAAUGAGGUAAGUAAAUUAUGGUAAAGCCCCUCGAUUUCAAAGCAUGUUUUAAUUGUUUUUGAGAUGGUGGCAAGGUUUUAUUUGAUUUUAAAUUGAUUUUACCAGCACUUGAGUGUGAUUAAACUGAAAUGGAAGUUUUGAUGAUUUUAAAUGAGAAUUUCAUGGCUUUUCUGGAAAUGAGCAUGAUUGAUUUGAAAUAAGAUUAUUAGUCUUUUGUAUUGAUUGGAGCAUGCCUACUUGAAAUUUAAGUAAUUGUUUUGAUGAUUUGAAAGCGAUUGGUGAAUUAAGAUUUUUCUGUAAAUUUCUGCUUGUCUUGUCUCCGAUGUGGUUAUGUUAUUAAUGAUCCUGCUUUGAUGAUUUGAGAUUGAUUGUGAAUUUCGAAAAUUUCUGUAAUCCUACAUGGUUUUGUCUCGAUAUAGUCAUGAUUUCCGAUCCCCGCUAGUGGUGGGUGUAACGCUAGCAUUCCUGAUCCCCGCUAGUGGGUGUAACGCUAGCAUUCCUGAUCCCCGCUAGUGGGUGUGUAGCAUCCCUGAUCCCCACUAGUGGGUGUAACACUAGCACAUGUCGACAUGUUUACUGAUAUGACUGGUUUAUCCUGUCGCCUGCCAGUGGGUUGUUAUAACACUGGCCAUGACUUAUAGAUGAGACUACUGAACUGAGAUUUAUUCUGCAUGAACGGUUUGUCAUGAAACACUGUUAUUGAACUGAACUGGACUUUGCAUUAACGGUUUGUCAGGAAACGUUUUGUUAUUGAACUGGAUCUGAUUUUGCAUUGACGGUUUUGUCAUUGAACGUUUUGCUAUUGAACCGAAUUUGAUUUCCGCAUUAACGGUUUAUCAGUGAAAGUUCUGUUAUACUUACAUGGUUUAUCUGGCAUGUUAAAAGUUUUACCCAAGGGCUAUCCAUAUUUACUUACUGAGUUUUCUCAUAGUUUUCCUUGUCCACCAUUUCAGGAAGCGAAACUGAGGACGGGGAAACCGAGGGGAGUGACGAGGUAGAAGGCUAGUCACCUGGAAUUUGAUAUAGAUUUUAGAUACAGAUUAUGAUUCUGUAAGCUAGAGUGUAUUUGGAGAUUUUAUGAUAUCAGAGCAGAUUGUAAAAAAAUUUUAUCUUGAGAUUUGGUGGUAUCAGAUUGUGAAUUGGAUAAGUUCCGAGCCUUGUGCAUUUGUGGGACCCUCUCACGAGUGCACGGCGUCUGUCGUGUCUCCGGAUUUGGGUUCUGGGGCGUGACAUAGUGAGUGAGAUGAGUUGUUGAAACCAUCUGGAUAUGAUUAAGAGCAUGACAAAUAAUGUAAAAAUUUGAUA